UCUUCUACGUGGAGCAGCGGGCGUGCGGGAAAGACGGGAGGAGGCGGGAGGAGGGGGGGCCUACGGGAGGAGGAGGGGGGGGGGGCCUACGGGAGAAGCGAGGAUGGAGUUCAAGCAUCUGGUGGAGGCGGCUGAGAAGUGGUGCUCCGGCAACCCCUUCGACCUCAUCUUCGCCGAGGAGGACGACGAGAGGCGGCUGGACUUCUACGCCGAGCCUGGCGUGUCUUUCUACGUGCUGUGUCCUAGCGGUACCGACACUUUCCACGUGUGGAGCGAGAGCGAGGACUGCCUACCUUUCCUCCAGCUGGCUCAGGACUACAUCUCGUCCUGCGGCAAGAAGACCCUGCUGGAGGUGCUGCAGAAGGUCUUCACGUCCUUCAGGCCUCUGCUGGGACUGCCUGACAUGGAGGACGACACCUUUGAGCAUUACAUGGAGGGUGAAGCAGGCCAGAUGGGGGUCAGCCAGCAGUGAGAAGAGGACCAACUUGAUAAAAAACUAAUCAUCUUGAAUGUUUUCGGUGGCUUUGCUUUCUAAGACGUGUUGCACUUUGUUGACCCCCCCUCCCCUCCCCUGCCCUCCCCUCCCCUCCCCUCGCACACGCAUUUUGUCUAAAAGGAUCCAAAGAGGGCUACGUGAGGAUCCUAAUCAUUGACCACCUGGUUAAAGUUCCACAAUAAGACAGCAGGCUUACUUGCUAUGCAGAAAGAUUCCUCUGUAGAGCAGCGCUUCAAAAGCUUAUGACACAUUUCCUUAUCAUUUCUGGGGUUACGUCACCUCAGGAGGACAGUGUUUUUCCCUAUCUUCCUGGUUUGGAGUGUCACAUGACCCGCUCCAUUAUCUGUGGUCUUCCUCUAGUUGUUGCCUUGCCCUUUUCCUACCUUGCAGUGCAGUACAUACAUGUCAGGUGACCUCGGAGGCCAACAUUUAAGGGUACGCUAAAUGGACUCCGCAUGUACUCCUCCUGUGUAAAUAUUAUUUUUGCUGCCGCACCGCACCGCUUUCAAGCCCUGCAAGACUCUUUCUCUUCAGCCUGUAAAUGUCUGUCUUCCAAUCUUCCUUCAUGCAGUGUCACUUUCUUCCCUUCCUUCUCAGACAUGUGUGCAAUUGUUCCAAUAAAGCGUGUCAACCCGU